CUCAAUUGGACCCAACUGAUAACCCAGCGUUCGGGUGACUCAAAAAACGACCCAACACUGGAAGAAUAACCCAACAAAAUAACCCACCAGGCGCAACGCAGCUGUUGGGUUAAAAAAUAACUCGGCAUUUUUAAGUGAAUGGGUUUUUCUCAUGGCACCAUUGCCCACAGAACACCCAAUUUUGGCAAGGUUAUUAUUGGCAGUGGUGUAUCAAAUGAUUCCGCUGAAAGACAAGCAGAACAGCCUACCGGAUACUGGUCCAGUGAACAAGCCCAAUUCCAAUUUGCUGAGGCUAAAUUGAAACGCCUGGGUACUUCUGUGCACUGUGGAAAUGAUGCUAUGACCCUGCGUGUUCCUGGCCCAAGAAUGCCCCACUUCCUGGUUGAUGGAGGAGUGGGAUCUCCAGUGCCUGUGUCUGAAAUUCCAGCCAGCUGUGCUAUCUCUGUGAAGAGAGUUCGUCGGGAUGUUUCUUUUUCCGUACCUUUCCGUGGCUGUCCUGUCCGACAACAGGGUGGAAGUUAUAUUCUGUCUCUGAUUGUAAUGGGGGCACCAGUGCAGGCGUCAUGCCCGGCGAGUUCUCCUUUUCCUAUUGCUUCUGCUCCCCUUCCUACAGUUUCUUGCUUGCCAACUGGAAUGGUUUUCUUGCUUGGGUUCAGGGCUGAUACUGUCGAGAUCAAAGGUGGAUCAAAAGCUGGGAAUAUAAAGUUUGUCGGAAUCGUCGAGGAGGAGUUUGCUCUCUCAACCGUCACUCAAUUGGACCCAACUGAUAACCCAGCGUUCGGGUGACUCAAAAAACGACCCAACACUGGAAGAAUAACCCAACAAAAUAACCCACCAGGCGCAACGCAGCUGUUGGGUUAAAAAAUAACUCGGCAUUUUUAAGUGAAUGGGUUUUUCUCAUGGCACCAUUGCCCACAGAACACCCAAUUUUGGCAAGGUUAUUAUUGGCAGUGGUGUAUCAAAUGAUUCCGCUGAAAGACAAGCAGAACAGCCUACCGGAUACUGGUCCAGUGAACAAGCCCAAUUCCAAUUUGCUGAGGCUAAAUUGAAACGCCUGGGUACUUCUGUGCACUGUGGAAAUGAUGCUAUGACCCUGCGUGUUCCUGGCCCAAGAAUGCCCCACUUCCUGGUUGAUGGAGGAGUGGGAUCUCCAGUGCCUGUGUCUGAAAUUCCAGCCAGCUGUGCUAUCUCUGUGAAGAGAGUUCGUCGGGAUGUUUCUUUUUCCGUACCUUUCCGUGGCUGUCCUGUCCGACAACAGGGUGGAAGUUAUAUUCUGUCUCUGAUUGUAAUGGGGGCACCAGUGCAGGCGUCAUGCCCGGCGAGUUCUCCUUUUCCUAUUGCUUCUGCUCCCCUUCCUACAGUUUCUUGCUUGCCAACUGGAAUGGUUUUCUUGCUUGGGUUCAGGGCUGAUACUGUCGAGAUCAAAGUUGAUGGAUUAUGGCAGCCUCUGCUGUUAGAGUACUCCAAAUGUGGGUUCACAUUGGAUACGAUUGAAGGUGCUCUGGUUUUUACAGCACCAUUUACAGGGAGGUGUUGGGUAUUGAAGGUGGAUCAAAAGCUGGGAAUAUAAAGUUUGUCGGAAUCGUCGAGGAGGAGUUUGCUCUCUCAACCGUCACUCAAUUGGACCCAACUGAUAACCCAGCGUUCGGGUGACUCAAAAAACGACCCAACACUGGAAGAAUAACCCAACAAAAUAACCCACCAGGCGCAACGCAGCUGUUGGGUUAAAAAAUAACUCGGCAUUUUUAAGUCUUGACUGUGGUGACCGC